AUGGAAGAGAUUGAUCAGGAAUCGAUGAAACACAUGUGUAAAUACUGCAACAAGAGCUUCCCUUGCGGAAGAUCUUUGGGGGGUCAUAUGAGGUCUCAUGUAAUCAGCUCCACUGAUCACCAUCAUCAUCAUCAUCAGGUCGGGAACAAAACUUGUUCGACUGUUCUCGAUAAACUCUGUAAAGAAUGUGGAAAAGGGUUUCAAUCGUGGAAGGCUUUGUUUGGGCAUAUGAAAUGUCACUCGAUCAAACUCUUAAACAACAAGAACAAGAAUAUUGCAAGUCUGAAUCGAGAUUCUUGGAUUAGCUAUUCAGAUAAUGAGAAUUCAGAUGCCAAAAAUCGUCAAAUAAAGAGAUCGAGAAACAGACGAAACAAAAGUAAUAAUGCUUCAACAAGUAUGGUGUCCGAAAUCCAACAAGAACCAGAAACAGAUGUUGCUAUAUCUUUGAUGAUGCUUUCUAGAGAUUUGGGGAAAUGGGGAAAUGAACUUGAAUCGACCGAUCAAUAUAAUUCCUCUGUUUUGGUAAAUUUGAGUAAAGAUUUGAUUGGUAAUGGUUCCAAGAUGAAGAAAUUAGCAGAAACUCAAGUUGGUUUUGAUUUUCUUGGAAGAUCUGAGGUAGGUUCGAUAAAACAUGACAAAUUGGAUUCAGGUUUUGGUGAAUUCGAGGAUUCAAGUAAGAGAAAGUUCGAGUGUGUUGCUUGCAACAAGAGUUUUCAUUCUUAUCAAGCACUUGGUGGGCAUAAAGCAAGUCACAGCAAGCUAAAGGGAGAUUUUGAUUCGAAAAUCCAAAACGAAAACAAACCCGUGUUAGAUCACGAUCAAACAAUCAAAGGGUUUGAUCCAAAAACAUCUAAAGGUCAUCAAGAAUUAUCAAGUUUCGAUCUUGGUGUUGGUUGUUUGAAGAAGAAAAAAGUGGUGUUGGGAGCACAUGAGUGUCCAAUUUGCUUAAAGAUGUUUUCUUCAGGCCAAGCUUUAGGUGGCCACAAAAGAUCACACUUGAUUUCCGAAGCUAAAAUGAAUAAAGAAAACACGAAUGUGAUCAAGAAACGCAAUCACCUCUUUUGUGAAACUCGAGGGUUUCUUGAUCUCAACAUGCCUCCUGAAGACGAAGAAGAAGAAGAGAUGGUUAUGAGCAGUAGUACAACAGAGUACAAGUCAUACUUCUGGGAAGAUGGAAGUAACCACCAUAGCCAUGAAUCAACGCUACUAGGUUCGCUCUAA